CACUAACCCCAAUCUCCCCUUUCUUCCCCUUUCCAAGUGCAUUCAGCGCCAGCGGCCAUUCACCCACCAAGGCCACCAUUGCCACCGCCCACCAAGCUCCAGAUUCCAGAAACCACCAAGCCACCCACAGCCAUCCACAGCAGCAGCGACCACCACCGCGUUCUGCUUCUCACUGAGCCCGCCUCCUCGUCGCCGAGCCCGCCUCCUCAUUCGCCACCCACAGCCAUCCACAACAGCCGCGACCACCACCGCGUUGAGCCCGCCUCCUCGUCGCCAAGCUCGCCGAGCCCGCCUCCUCAUUCGCCGAUGGAACAAUCACAAAGUAACCCACAGCCACAAGAUAAUGCUGUUCAAGAUUCUCAAACUGGUUCAUCCAGAGUAGAUUUUUGGGUAAUGCCGGAUGAAGAUGAUCCUGAAUUUACUAAUGGAGACAUCGAAGGCAUUGAAAAUUUAAUUUAUACGGAUAAUGAUAUGCCUUCAUAUCCUAAAGAUGGAGGAGAUGUGGAACUUGAUGUGGAUUUCUCUAAUGUUGCUGAUUCUUCAAAUACAGCUUCUUUUGGUGGUACUUCUGAUGAUGGUGGCUUUGGAUUACCUGUUUAUGAUGGAGAUGUUGGAACACUUAAUGAUAAUUAUGAUUUUUGAUGAGUUGCACCUUUGAUUAGUUGAAAACUUGCUAGUAAUUGUAUCUUUUGAAUGUAGAACAUUAUGGGUUUGUCAUUAUGUACGUUUUUUUUUUUUUAGUUAUAAACUUUGAUGUUUGAAAUUGUUUGUGAACUUCUAAUAUUAAGUAAUGGAUAAUUUAUUAUGUGAAAUA